AUAAGGAUGGAUUUCUGAGAUUAAUAACACAUUUUUCUGUAAUCUUCUCAUACAACUCAAAUUCAUCCGAGCUACAGGGAAUUACAGAUAGAGGGAAUUGAGAUACAGUACAGUCGUGCCUCCUGCAAUCUGCAUACAGCACCCGAUUCCUCCUCUUUCCAGCUGCGUCGGAGGAACAACCCCUCUUCCAAUCACAAGUAUACCUAUCCGAUUCUCCUCUCUAUUUCAACUGCGACAGGUACUUGACCCGCAUCCCUCCCAGAUUUUAUUUUCUUUCCUGAUGUGUCCCAAUUGAAUUACGAGUUGAGUUGAGUUAUGCUUUCUCAAUUUUGCUGCUAAUUUGUUCUUUGGGCUUCUUCCCGCCUUUCUCCUUCGCCGUCCCGAGUUUGGGCUUCUCCGCUCUCCUCUCUUUUCAUCUAGGAAUUCGUAACUGAUUCAAAUUCAAUUUUGGUUUUCUCCCUUUGCUUACUGGGUCAACUAAGCUGCAAUGGCCUUUGCAUUCCUCUAUAAGCUACAGAAUCUAUGGCCGUUCAAAAUCGAUGAUUUAAGAGCAUCCCAUGACUUAGUUCGCAAGCUUUCCAUACCCGACCACACUAAAAAGUUCGUUUUUGCUGUUACGCUACCUCAUACUCAAUCUGUCAUUUACAUUCUUUCUGCUCAGAAUUUGUCUGAGAGGUCAGCUGCUGAUGCCGAGUGUCUUAUUAGGGAACUUAGACCUGAUGCUGUUGUAGCUCAGAUUAGUCACCAGGCUCUGUUCGAGAUUCAAUCCCAAGACACUGAAAUUGGAGACAACCUUGACAACACUAUUCCCACUUCAUCUUUUGGAGUGCUUAAACGAUGCUUUGUUGAUAAGAUUAACAAGGACAAUUAUGAGAAUGUGGCUGGCAAAUUGGUUUUAAGAGAGAUCUUUGGGGUUGGUUUUCAUGGCCAUUUCUUGGCUGCCAAGGGGGCAGCAAGGGAGGUUGGUUCAUCUUUUAUGGUGCUUGAAUCACCAUUUACUAGCAAUUUUCCUAUGCAGGAUCCCUCCAGGGAAGUUGAGGCAGGGAGCAAAGUUAAAGGUCUAGUUAGUAGUUUGGUUCCUCAAAAAAGCACUUUGGUUCUAGCUUCGAGUUGUAGGAGGUUCUGCAUUACCAAUGAUGUUCGGUCACAAUUGGUGAAGUUCUUGUCUUCACAUAUAGAUUUACUGGAUUCAGGUUCUGUUUCUGAGGUGGACUCAAAUGAAAUUCAGCCGAGAAAGGGUUAUGAGGCUCCACCAUUUGCCCAAUCAGUUUAUCCACUGCUUGUGGAUCUACAUGAUAUAUUUGUUGAUCUUCCUCCGAUUGGAAGAGCGUUAGCACUCUCGCAAAAGAUGCUUUUAGAUGUAAACAGGGGGGAAGUUGUGGAUACCAGGAUAAUAUCUGAAGUUUACACCUUCAGGAUUGCAGUUGAAGCAUUGAGAGUUGCACUUAAUAAUGCUGGCCGGCUACCUAUUGACAAAUUACAAAAUGCCAACACAUCUAAGGUUUCAUUUUCUGAGCUUCCGAUUGAGGACAAGUCCCAUGCAUUCCAUGCACAGGCUCUUCAAAGCCUGUCUAAGAAGUUCAAGACUAUAGUAGCCAUAGUGGAUGCUAGUAGCUUGGCAGGUCUCAGGAAAAAUUGGAACACUCCCGUUCCUCCAGAGGUCAAGGAUUUAGUUGUGCAUCUUGUUACGGAUGGUGCAGGUGAUGGGGAUGGGGAGCCCUCAAGCCACAUUGACAGGAAGCAGUUGUUAUCUAAUAAACCUGUGGUGGCAGUGGGUGCUGGUGUGACAGCUGUUUUUGGAGCUUCAUCUAUCUCUAAGCUUAUUCCUGCAUCAACCUUCAUGAAGAUUAUAACAUUGAAGGUUCCUGCUUCAGUGAAGCUGGUUAUGACCCAGACCCAGAAGGUAGUAGCAAUGGCGCUUGGUAAAACUCUUGGUCCAUCAAAAUUGGUAGCCCCUGGCCUUGCAAGUUCUGGAGUGAAUUCAUCUGUCUUCAAGGCAGCUGCUUCUGCUGAGAAAAUCCGGACAGUGGUCCAUGGUGUGAUUGCCUCUGCUGAAAAAACCAGCUUUUCAGCCAUGAGAACAGCUUUCUACGAAAUAAUGAGGAAAAGGCAGGUGCAGCCAAUUGGUGUCCUACCAUGGGCUACUUUUGGGUGUAGUAUCGCAACUUGCACAAGCUUGCUUGUAUAUGGAGCUGGUAUUGAAUGUGCUGCUGAGUCUCUUCCUGCAGCUCGCUCAAUUGCGAGUUUGGGUCGUGGGAUUCAGAGUUUACAGCAGGCAUCUCAGGCAGUAAGGCAGACAGAGGGCAACAGAAUACAAAAAUCUAUAGAAUCCUUAAUGUACAGGUUGAAGAAAGUGAAGAUUCAAUAGUAGUUUGAUCCUUGUCUUUUGAUUGUAUACUGAUCGAUAAGUACUUAGUUGAUAGAGUGAUGCCUGAAGAAGAGGUGACAGAGAUUACUAUGUAGAUAAAAGUCCACAGAGGUGUUAUUUGUAACCUCAUGAAUGUUUAUUUUUGUCUCUUACUACUAGGAAUUCAUUUGAAUCAUUGGAUACUUAAAUGCAUAUCAUUUUUCACAAAGUAUUUGCACUCGGUUUCUUUUU